UUAAUGGGGUCUACUGAUUAAGCCUUAGGCCAUAGGAAAAUAUCACGCUGGCAACUCCUGUCCAAACCAAUGAUGUUCUCGGCAGUAACCUCCCAGAGUGCCCACACGCAAUCUCUGCAAGGGACCCAAAACUACCAUCGUACAACUGUGUCACGAUAUAAAAAAGGAAUUCCCACAAGCAUUAAAAAUGGAAGCAAACAACCUACUACAUAUUGUUACACCCCUCAUUCCUAGUGCAACUUUAUCACAGCUAUGUGGUCGUCAAGUGUUACUCAAGCUAGAAAAUUGCCAGCCAUCGGGAUCGUUUAAAAUCCGUGGAAUAGGAAACUUUGUUCAGAAGAGUAAAGAGAGAGGAUGCAAGCAGGUUGUUUCCUCUUCAGGUGGAAAUGCUGGUAUGGCAUCGGCAUACGUGGCCAAAAUGUUGGGGCUUCCGGCAACAAUUGUUAUUCCUGAGUCGACACCUAAGCUCAUGAUUUCACGAUUAGAGGAAGAGGAGGCUAAAGUCAUGGUUCAUGGAAGAAUUUGGAACCUUGCUCAUGAGAAGGCACUAGAAAUAGCAGCCACUGGAAAUUCUUGCCUAGUUCAUCCAUAUGACCAUGAAGAAAUUUGGGAAGGUCAUAGCACAAUUAUCACAGAGAUUCUUCAACAAACUAAAGCAAAACCUGCUGCUAUUGUUUUGUCUGUGGGAGGAGGUGGCCUUCUCUGCGGUGUAUUAAAAGGCUUACACAAACAUGAUGUUGAUAUUCCUGUUGUUGCCAUGGAGACGCAAGGUGCUCAUGCCUUUAGUGCUGCAUUGAAAGCUGGGAAACCUGUGUCCAUUGGGGAUAUUACAAGCAUUGCCAAGACUCUGGGUGCAUUGAUGGUGACUGAGGGUAUAUUUGAUCUAAUGCCAGGCCUUAGAGUGACAUCUCGUGUUAUCAGUGACAAAGAAGCAGUUGAAGCGUGUUCAAGAUUUGCUGAUGAGCACCGGAUGUUGGUAGAACCGUCUUGUGGAGCAGCACUUGCAGCUGGAUAUUCAGGAAUAAUCAAAGAGCUCAUUUCAAACAACACUCUUCCUGAUGAUGGACCAAUUGUCUUUGUAGUAUGUGGGGGUAAUGCUGUUACACUGGACAUGUUGGAAGGAUGGAAGAAACAGGUUAAUCUCUUGUAGACUAAUUGUAUGGUUAGUGAAGAUAUAAUUUUGAGAUCAUCUUGAGUAGUACAGUUUGAAACGUACACAAAUAAUGUGUUUAAUUUUUUUAAGAAAGAUUUUAAUCUUGCGGAUAUGAAGUUCAUAGUUAACCAAUGCUUUAGGUUUAGAAAAUAAUGGUCAUAAAUGUUUAAAAAACAAACAAAAUAGAUUUUAAAUGAUAAGUUGUGAUGUUUUCUUAUUUUUUUCCUAUUCAUUGUUGUUUGAACUUUCUUAAAAUAUAUUCACAGCAAUUGUUAACCAUGAGUUAAGAAAAGUUUGAUCAUUUACAGUUUUGAUCUGUGAAUUAUUUUUGAAGUGUAAGAAAUAAAACAUUAAAUAACAAUGUACUAAUCUUCCAGUUCAUAGGAAAUAGUUCAUAGGAGUUUUGAAAUAAUAACUCUAUUUGAUAUUAGGAGUAAGAGAAGUAAUAGUAAUAAUGAUAGAUCUAUAAACGCUAAUUAGUUGAUCACCAACUGUCAAACUCAUUAUCAUUUUCAAACUCAAAGCAGUUCAAGUAAAGAAAUUGUCAUUGUCUUUCUUGUUUUUCUCUCUUAGAUUACAAGCCAAACACCUUUGAAUAAAAUUUUUCUGCUGUUUGAAGUAAACUUAUUUUUUGUUGUAGAAAGCUGAAUGAAGCCUCAUGAUAGAGGGGUAGGAUUGCGCUUCAUGUUGAUAAUAAGAAAAAAAGGCCGAAAUUUUCUUUCUUUUAUUUUUUUGUAAUUGGAGUUAAUAUAGCCAUAUUUUGAAGGGAAGAGAUUGCACUUUAUGUUGAUAGUGGAAAAAUAUGCACGUAAAAAGGUAAAGAGCAUCAGUGAAUUUAAAUGAGCCAGUAAUGAAAAUAUUCCACAUUUUGUCAUUUAACUGAACUCAAGAAAAAAACUACAAGAUUUAUUUUUUGGUUUUAUGAUUUGGAAGAAUAGAUCAAACAGUUUUUCAUACAUGUGCUUAUUGCAGACAGUCUUUAUUAGAAUAAGCCAAGUUUGGUAUCAGUUUUGAAGGGUUAAGAUAGCACUUUAUAUUGACAUUAGAAAUAAAUGCAUACAUGGAAAGAAAAUGCAAAAAUAAUGUGUUAAAGUUAGCCGAUAAACAAGAAUUUCAUGAUGUAUAUAAGCUUAUCAGGAUAAUUCUGUUACAGAUACAGUUAUGAUUUUCCAUUUGCCAGGUAUGAGACUUAAUUUUCUUUCUUUUACUGAUGCAUUUUUUUUUUGGUAUUUUACUCAAAGAAAUAUGGGAAAAUGCAAAAUAAGGAAGGAAAAUCAUAAGGUAUCUCCAGGCAUCACAUAUUUCUUUUUAAGAAUUUUCAUAUAGCAUACUUACUGUUAGAAGGUUGAAGUUGAUCUCUUCUUAAAUGGGUAGGAUGCAUACCAUAGAGAUCAAUAAUUGAGGAAAAAUUAACAUAUUUUAUGAAUAGAAUAAUAACAAUUAAAAAAAAAGAAAUGGAAUUUGACUUAGAAAUUAUAUUUCAGACAAAAAUUAUAAGUAUCCUCAUUGUCCUUCCUUGGACAUUAAACCUUGGUAAAAUUUUAAACUUGUGACAAAUGACAGACUAAUAUUCUCUUCCUCUUCAUGUAAUAUAAUGUUUUUGAUUUUU